UACUGUUUCAGGUAUUCAGAACAUUAACGUAAUUCUUCUGAUAGAUUUCACAUUAAAUUCCAUACAAGUAGCCUCUAAUUACAACGUUUACAAGGUAAGUUAUUAAUUUAUAUAGAUCAAAGACAAUGAUUACUUUAAAAUGCAGAUUUUACAACUGCAAUCUAUUAGUAUAAAGCAAAUUUUAAUCAGCUAAAUUGAAGUAAAACACUGGGGGUAUGAUUAGACAAUUACUGAAGUAGUCUUAUUAUUAGGGCCUUUUAAAAAGAGAAUGUCUAAUAUGGUAUUUUACAAAUUUUUAAUUUUAAAUGCGUAUAAUAUAAAGGGCAUAAGUGAUUAGUCAGUUCCCAGUUUAAGAUGCAGAAGGAAAUCAACUUCUUGAAACUGCUGAAGAUGUUCAUGAUGCUUUCGGGCAUUUGGCGACUGCCCUUAAAGAGCAAAUUGUUUCAGUCACUAUACAAUAAUUACUCUGUAUGUUUCCAAAGCUACUAUUACGUUUUUGUAGUGUGCAUGUUCAUAGGAGUUAGCAUAGUAUGGAACUAUUCGGUGGACGUGGUGCUGGAGAGCCUCGGCAUUUUGAUCUUGAGCAUCACCGUCUCGUUUAAAAUCGGCGUAUGCCAGACUGAGACUAUUAAGCGACUACUGAGGUACAUAUUAAAGAAGGAGGACGAGCUGAAGAACUCAACUGACGAGGAGUCGAAGCGGAUAUACAUUGAGCAUCAGGGCAUGAUAUUCUUUAUCACCAGGGUGAUCACGGUUCAUACUGCGAUUGUGGGGAUUUGCCACUUCCUCACCAAGUACCUGACGUACUUGGAGUUGGAGAAAAACCAGUACCCCAACGUUACGAUGUACAGAAGGAAACCUUUGCCGUAUACAAUGUGGUUGCCCUUUAAUAGUGACGAGCAUUAUUUCGGUGCUUUCUUUUUGCAGUCCAUUGCAGGCUUUAUGGGCUGUACGUACACUGCUGUCACCGUCAUUUUCUACCUAACAGGCAUGAUUUUUAUUUGUUCUCAGUUGAGCAUUUUACAGCACAAAAUUAAGAAUUUGGCCACUUCAACACACCAAUCAGAAGUAGAAGUUAAAAAGAAGCUAUUCACUUUGAUCAUCGAUCACCAAACCAUUAUUGAGUAUUCAGAACAGUUCAAUAAUGACAUUAACGUAAUUCUACUGAUAGAUUUCACAUUGAACUCCAUACAAGUAGCCUCAAUAUUUUUUCAAUUAAUCACGAAACUUCAGAUAGAUUUACCAAUAGUGAUGGCCUUUGUUCUUAAUUACCUGGCACUGAUAGUCGUACAAAUUUUCUUCUUCGGUUGGUUCGCCAACGAAAUUAAAGAGCAGAGUCUGGGAAUUGCAGAUGCGAUUUACGAACACACUUGGUACGACCAAUCGAUUUCCAUUAGGAAAUCGCUGCUGUUGAUGAUGGUGAGGGCACAGAAACCCUUUACUUUAACUAUUGGUCCGUUUGGUGCCAUGACCAAUAAUACGUCCGUAACGAUUAUGAAAGCAGCGUACUCAUAUGUAACUUUGAUAACUGGGAAGAAGGAGUGACAUAAUUACUGACUUCACCUUCUCCAACUUGAUCAAAGGCUAAGAUUCUCUGCCUGACGGUUCUCAAGGUGGCUUCUUCACGGAUUUGUUCCACCUCGCUCGUAGCUGCAGUGGAUGGAUCAGAAGCUGCAACCCAACGCCACCGCCGCAUCCGCCCCAAAGGACAUCGCACCGCCUUCGAGGAGCAGUGCUGCUGGUACUGAUGUAGAUGCGAACCGAAUUAACGCUUCGGUUUGCAGCUGAAAAUUACUUAUCUUCGCUUAACGUUUUUGUUGAGAGUAAAACGCUGUAAUAGAUUUAGGCCUCCUAGUUUGUUUAGUUUUUGUCGUGUUCAGUAUUAUGCUUGAAACUGUUUUCUGCUUAUUGUUCAUGUUUUUCCGUUUGUUGAGAGUAGUUUGGUAAAUUGUCAUGGUUGUAGUUUGAUACAACCAUGACAAUUUACCCUAAUUAAUUAUAAUUAUCGAGUUUACUCAUUACAAAAUAAUUUAUAUUGAAUGUAAGUGUUAUUUAAUUUUUCGAAUUGCUUUUAUGUAAUUUUUUAAAAAAAUGUA